AGGAACAUGGCGGCAAAAACGCACUCGGAUGCGAAUCAGAAGUGGCAAACUGAUUUGCCUAAGCACCCAGUUUUUGGAGCGCUCUCGGCAACGGUUAGUGAAGAAAACUCAAGAGAAAGAGAGGAAUUUCCGGAGAGGACAUCAAGAAACAUUUUAAUCGAAAACGAUGGUGAAAUAUUUAUAUGGAAUUCUUCGAACACUAGUGUACUGACAGCUAAUCUGAAAAACUUACAUUUUGAAAAAGAAUGGUCUGCUAAAUUCCAAACUUUUGUAUGCACUGAGACUCCUUUAUUUGACGUGUAUUCCAUGCUGUUCAGCCCUUCGUCAAAGUACCUUUUGCUUGUUGGACAAAGAGGAAUAAUGGUUCUUGAGAUGCCGACAAGAUGGGGAAAGUUUGCGGCAUACGAUGGUGGCAGUGAGGAAGUUCUCUGCAGGACAAUUCCUAUUGAUUCAAGAUUCUUUGUUACAAAUCACAAGAUAAAGGUCCUUGACGUCAAAUGGCAUCCAGGAAGUAAACCUGACACUCAUCUUAUGGUGCUUACAUCAGACAAUAACUUGAGACUUUACAACAUCCUCAAGCCAUCUUCGCCAAUAGAGACCAUUUCGGUAGGGGAAUCCUCUUCCCUGACAGCCGAGUACAGCCAGAAGUCAAUAUCUGUUGGAUCACUGUCAGCAGUUGCAGCUGCGCUUGGAGAGAAAGCCACUGCAUUUGAUUUUGCACCGGCUGUUAGAGAUAUCAACUCAAAAGCGAGACCAAGCUAUGAUGAUAUUGAACCAGACAUUGCUUACCCGGUUUUCAUUUUGAGAGAAAAUGGAGACAUCUGUUAUCUUCUCCACAGAAUUUCUCAGAUACGGCAUCAACCAAUGGUUGUUGGUCCCCUAACAAUGUUCCCUGCAGCAGAUGAUAAUUAUGGUCUGGAUGCCUGCUCUUUACUGUGUCUUCAGUGCCAACCCCCUGUUAUUGCCAUGGCAACAACCAGUGGAAAAAUUUAUCACUGUAUUGCUUUGGAAUCUGAAGAAUCUGAUGAUGCAGAUGAGGAAGAAGACUUCUGGAGCAGACAUGGACAGGUCCAAACCAAUAGUUUUCAGAGGAAGCUUUCACUCUUUGUUCACGAAUGUGUUGAACUCCAGCUGUGUUUACUGAAUGAUGGAACAGGAUCCCAGUCUGAUAGAGGCUCUACAGGAGAGGAGUCUGAUGAACAUGAAAACUUGUCCUUGUUGAGACUUGAGCAAGAUCCAGUGUCUCCGUAUCUGUAUCACUGUUCCCAUAAUGCCGGAGUACACACUGUUUCAUUGCCUUGGACCAAGAAACUACAAAGUUAUUGCAUGCAAGAUGAUCAGAGUUACUUUGACAUUGAUGAAGCAGCCAUUGUUUAUCACAUGAUAUGUACCUCACCAACAGCAAGUUCACUUUCUCCAGUGCUUGGUGUGGGUGUGGUGAACAACAAAAUCCUUGGUUCUGCAAUACUAUGUUUGACUUCAAAUAUGGAAUGUAUUGUUAAACCUUUGAAUUUAUUAGAUAGACCACACUCUCCUCCAACAACAGAGGCAGACCUAGAAACCAGCUAUGAAAGUACUGGGUUUUCUCCAAUAAGACAACUGAAUGUUGGAUUAUUCAAAAGCCAGAUUGAGAAAAUUCUAACAAGAAACACAUCAACACCAUUGUUACGGGGUGGUGAAGAAUCUGAAAAACUCUCACAACAAGAACUUUAUCAGCUGCUUAUACAAGCACAAGAAAUAUUAAGAAGUCAGUAUAUUCAAAAACAGAAUGAGGCCAGGGAAGAGAUAGAAAAAAGAAUCUCGAUCCUAAAAGAUCAGAAGAAACAGCAGACAGAAAAUUUGAAAAAACUUGACAAAGCCAGCAGCCAACUUAAAGACCAGGCUGAGAAACUGGGAGAAAAACUGGUGGAUACCUCAGAGAAACAUAUGCAACUUGUUGAAAGACUAGAAACUCUGUACCGUUAUGUUCACCAUGGCAUUCCAGUUCUAUCCCAUGCCGAGACUAAAAUGAAGAAAGAGUUAGAGAAGAUUGAAACAUUUUUGAGGUUUCAUAGGGAUUCUUUAGAACAGAUUAAAUCUAAACACUUGUACUCUGAGAGAAAUCCAAGGAAGUCUUCAUCUUCAAAAUUACUGGUUGUUAAUACAUCACAGCAGAGUAAAAUAAGAAAAGUGCUAACAGAAGAGAGUGAAGUGAUUUCUCAUCUUGUAAAUCAAGUCAAAGAGCUAAACCUUCAAGUUGGAUUAUAAUUUUACAACAUUAGUCACAAAAUCUUAUCAGUGCUACAAAUAAAUUUUCAUUGAGGAGAUUUAUUUGAUCAAAUGGCCAUUCACACUGUGAACAGUGUAGAUGUAAAUUGAAACAGGCUGAGGUGAAGAGACAUGGUAAUAUUGUUUUUGUAAACCAUUACUUAGUAAAGAGUUUGUGAGUGUUAGUCAGCUGUUUUCUGACAAAAGCAAGGCUGAAAGAACUGUGAAGGGCAUUGUGAACAUUAAUCCUCAGUUUUAACACGUCAGUCUAGUGUAGAAAAACCAUUAAAUUUAACCUGAUGUUUCA